ACUCCUGCGCGUCAAUCCCCGAAGGCGCAGCGACUCACUCGCCAGAGCCAAACUUCAGCAGAGAUAGCACAAAGCAGGCUAACUCGCUCUUGGCUUUGGUUCGAGAUGGAGAUUCGUUGGACGGUGAAGCGCCCCAGCCGGCACAGCGUAAAGAGUAGACUGUCCCUGUGGCUGAUUGUGUGGUUGGUGGUGGUGAAGCCAAGCGGAGCGACAGCAUGUCCCAGGCUCUGCGUGUGUUACCCUGUGCCUAUGACAGUCAGCUGCCAGUCACAGAACCUCACCAUUGUGCCGGCUGGUGUGCCAUAUGACUCACAGCGCGUUUUCUUGCAGAAUAAUCGCAUCACAGAACUCCACGCAGACUCCUUCGGCUUUGAGACUCAAGUGCUGUGGCUAUAUGGCAACAACAUUACAUGGAUUGAAGCUGGGGCCUUUAGUAAGCUCAGGGUACUGGAGGAGCUGGAUCUAGGUGACAACCCCUCCCUGAGGCACCUGGAAGGUGGAGCUUUCAGAGGUUUGGAGAAGCUGCAGAGCCUGCAUAUGCACCGUUGCAAGCUGGCUGCUCUCCCCCAUGACCUUUUCCACAAACUGUACAGCCUGCAGUUUCUCUACCUGCAGGAAAAUCAGCUGCAUAUUCUGCAGGAUGAUCUGUUCUCUGAUUUGGUCAAUCUCACCCAUCUCUUCCUCCAUGGAAACCGCAUCCGCACCUUGUCUGAGAAUGUUUUCCGAGGCCUGGUCAACCUGGACCGCCUCCUUCUCCAUGACAACCGCAUCAGGCAGGUCAAUCGUCGGGCAUUCCGUGAUCUGGGCCGCCUGACCAUCCUUUAUCUGUUCAAUAACUCCUUGUCUGAGCUGCCAGGCCAGACUAUGAAAGAUACCCAAGGCAUCCAAUUCCUUCGCCUCAAUGGCAAUCCCUGGUCCUGUGGCUGUGAGGCACGUCCCCUGUGGGAAUGGUUUCGCCAGGCCCGGAUCUCUUCCUCAGAGCUGGUCUGCACAUCCCCAGCCAAACGCCGUGGACAGGACCUCCGGUUUCUCCGUGAACUGGACUUUGCACUCUGCCCCCUCCCUGACCCAGGCUCUCUGGCUGGAACCACCACUACCACCUUCAGUUCCAAGACCCGCUGGUGGUUCUCCAAGCACAAGCCUGCAUCAUCAUCUAAAGCCUUGUACCAGAAGAGUGCAGAAACAGUCAAGACCUUCCCAUUUUCCUCAGUCAAGCCACAGUACCUCCCCAACCUCUCCAAAUCAUUCCCCUCCAAGUAUGAACUGUCAGAAGAGGAGGCAGCGCUCCCCAAGCUGGAUACGGAAGAAUACUGGGCCAACUACGGCAACGAGGAUGCCACCAUCCUGUGCUUUGAGCAGGAGUGUCCCACGGGCUAUGAAAGCUCAGCUUUCUCUUCAUGCUCCUUUUUAAACACAACUCCAUUCUUCUUCACUUUCCUGUCCGUCUCCAUCACCACAUUCUUCCUCCAUUUUCAUUUUGGCUGAGCACCACUUUCCUGCUCUACAUCUCUCCUGUGACAUAUUUCCCUGCACUUUCCAAAUCUAAAAUAACAAUAAUUAUAUCUUAAUUUAGUUAACUCUUUGAUGUGCAGGCGGACCUACACACUGCUGCAGGAG